CUCGGUGGAUCCGGGACUACAAGCCCUACAAUGCCUCGGGGCGACUGACUGGCCGUUCCUUUUGAAUGAUUUCACUGCGGUUUCCCCACAUUCCCUAAGCUAGACGAGCAGCAGCAGCAGGAGGAGGAGGGUGCAGAAAUCAUGGUGUAAAGGAGCCGCCGGUUCACUGGCGCGGGGGACCAGGGGCGCAAGGAGCCUGCCCGUUUCAUGGCAGCCAGGGCUAGGGGCGCUGGAGAAGAGAGGGGCAUGGCAGCUCGGGGGGUCGUCUGGUCUUAAAGGCUGCAGGGAGCGGCGUUGCUGCUGCCGCCGCCGCCGGAUCCAUCCUGCUGCUCUCGCGCUCUGCCGCAUUUCCUCCCUUCUCCUCACUCCCGUCUGGAGCCGCACCAGCCCCCCGCACUCUGAGCAGCCUCGCCCCCGCCAAGAUGUCUCUGGCCGUCGAAGAAGAGGACUACGCCAAGCUGGUGAUGGAGUCGGGCCCCGAGUGGCUCCGCACCGAGAUCAAGCGGCUCUUCCAGGAGCUGGGCGAAACCACCCGCGAGAAGAUCCAGGCUGCCGAGUACGGGCUGGCGGUGCUGGAGGAGAAGCAGCAGCUCAAGCAGCAGUAUGAAGAGCUGGAGCUGGAGUACGAGACCAUCCGCACCGAGAUGGAGCAGCUGAAGGAGGCUUUUGGUCAGGCUCACACCAACCACAAGAAAGUAGCAGCAGAUGGAGAGAGCAGGGAAGAAACCUUGAUUCAAGAGUCCGCCACAAAGGAAGAGUACUACAUGAAGAAAGUCAUGGAACUGCAGACAGAGCUAAAGCAGCUGAGGAAUGUCCUUGCCAACACCCAGUCUGAAAAUGAACGCUUGAAUUCUGUUGCUCAGGAACUGAGAGAGAUAAACCAGAACGUGGAACUCCAGAGGGGUCGCUUGCGAGACGACAUAAAGGAGUACAAAUUCCGAGAAGCCCGUUUGCUGCAAGAUUACACUGAGCUCGAGGAGGAGAACAUCUGCCUUCAGAAGCAAGUGUCAGUCCUGAAGCAGAACCAGGUGGAAUUUGAAGGGCUGAAACAUGAAAUCAAGAGGCUUGAAGAAGUUACCGAGUUCCUCAACAGCCAGCUGGAAGAUGCCAUAAGGUUAAAAGAGAUAUCUGAGCGCCAGCUUGAGGAGGCCUUGGAGACCCUGAAGACCGAACGAGAGCAGAAGAACAACCUUCGGAAGGAGCUGUCUCAUUAUAUGAACAUCAAUGAUUCCAUGUACACGAGCCAUUUGAACUUCUCUCUGGAUGGGCUGAAGUUCAGCGAUGAGACCACGGAGCCCAAUAAUGAUGAGAUUGUGAACGGCUUUGAGCAGAACUGCCUGAGUAAAAUCAACAAUGGCAAUAAUAAGGCAUCAACGCCGAAGAAAAGCGAGAGCUUCCCUCCAGCGCCUAGUCUUGUGUCUGAUCUCUUGAGUGAGUUGAAUAUAUCUGAAAUCCAGAAGCUGAAACAGCAGCUUAUGCAGAUGGAAAGAGAAAAAAUGAAUUUGUUGUCUACACUCCAAGAGUUUCAAAAGCAGCUGGAGAACACCCGAGGGGCUCUGUCUGAGCAGAAUGAGAAGGUAGUCAGGCUCACCGAGAACCUCAGUGCCAUGAAAAAGCUCCAGGUCAACAAGGAGCGCCAGUCAGCUCUUGACAACGAAAAGGAGCGAGAUAGCCACGAAGAUGGAGAUUAUUAUGAGGUUGACAUCAAUGGCCCAGAGAUUCUGGAAUGCAAGUACAAAGUGGCUGUGGCGGAGAUUAGUGACUUAAAAGAUGAGCUCAAAGGCCUAAAAGCCAAAUAUGAAGAGUGUGAAUCCAAAUACGAAGAGGAGAAGAGCCGGUAUGAGACCGAAUCUCAAGCUCUGACCGAAAAGAUUACUUCAUUGGAAAAAUCUAGCAGGCAAGAUAGAGAGCAGGUGGUUAGACUGGAGAAGGAACUCAAGAAAGUCAGUGAUGUUGCUGGAGAAACACAGGGAAGCCUCAGCGUAGCUCAGGAUGAGCUGGUCUCCUUCAGCGAGGAAUUAGCCAACUUGUACCAUCAUGUCUGCAUGUGCAACAAUGAAACUCCAAACCGGGUCAUGCUGGAUUACUACAAAGAGGGCAAAGGAGGCCGUACCAGUCCAGAGGCCAAAGGCCGCAAAUCGCCCAUCCUGCUCUCUAAAGGCUUGCUGUCCAUAGACUUAGGAAAAUCAGAAAGUGGGAGUGGGGACAGCAGUCCUUCGCCAGUGUCGUCUCUCCCGUCCCCAGUAUCUGAUCCCCGGAAGGAGCCCAUGAACAUUUACAACCUGAUUGCCAUAAUCCGCGACCAGAUCAAGCAUCUGCAACAAGCGGUUGACAGAACAACAGAGCUGUCUCGGCAGCGGGUGACCACCCAGGAACUCGGGCCGGUAGUAGACAAAGACAAAGAGGCUCUAAUGGAGGAAAUCCUGAAGCUGAAAUCUCUGCUAAGCACCAAGAGGGAGCAGAUAGCAACUCUGAGGACUGUCCUAAAGGCUAACAAACAGACAGCAGAAGUUGCUCUGGCCAACUUGAAAAGCAAGUAUGAAAAUGAAAAGGCCAUGGUUACAGAGACCAUGAUGAAGCUGCGUAAUGAGCUGAAGGCUUUAAAAGAAGAUGCUGCUACCUUCUCUUCUCUGAGGGCCAUGUUUGCUACCAGGUGUGACGAGUACGUCACCCAGCUGGACGAAAUGCAACGCCAGCUUGCCGCGGCUGAAGACGAAAAGAAGACGCUGAACUCCUUGCUCCGUAUGGCCAUCCAGCAAAAGCUGGCUUUGACCCAGCGCCUUGAGCAUCUUGAGCUGGACCAUGAGCAGUCCAAAAGGGUGCGCACAAAAUCUGCUUCCAAAGCCAAGAGUAGUAACCCCAGUGUAAGUCACAUACGGUCAUGCGGAGACAGAUCCGAAGGAUCUGUGCUUAAUAACCAGGUGUUUUGCAGCGAGAAGUAUAAGAUCUAUUGCGAUUAAGAAGGCAAAAAGAGAGAGAGAGAGGCCGUAAAUAUGCAUCUGAUGUUUGUGCUGUUUGAAUGUCAGCAUAAAUCCCCACUAUAUUAAUGUUGCGGUGGUGCGUGGCUUUGUACUAGUAUGUUGUUAAACCAUGUAAUACAGGUUGUAUUAUAGUGGUCUUAACUGUAACUGAUUCACAAGCAUGGGGAGGGGGGAUGCUGUUAACAAGCUAAUGAUGGAAAAGCGCUUGGCUGUUUCCAGAAGGAGCGACUUUGGUUUUGCUGUUUAUGGGUAAGUGUUAAAGGUGCAGGCCAGGUGUACGACGCCUGGCGUUACUAACUGUAGCUUGUCUAGCGCAGAUGUGAUCCUUUCCCCUGGGUUCUAAGCAGUUCUUCAAGCAAUGGAGAUAAUUUCAUUGGCAAGAGCCAUCUCCUUGUUUAAUACGCCUGCAAAGUGGUGAAAUGCAGUGCUUAAAAAUUAGAUGUGUAAUGUUGGGUGUAAAGAAAUCUGUGUUUUGAACCAGAAACGAAUCUAAAUUAAAUCUGCUAUAGCAGGUAGUUGCUUUCAUUCUUACCACUUAGCAAAAGCCAAAAAAAGCUUUCUUAUAAGCUGUUAAGAGCUAGGACAACCUAGGAGGAAGGAUACCUUCUGAAAUUCCUGGGUUUCCUUCCUUGCUUCGCUUCAGAGGGUUAACCUGUUGAAAAUUGCACAAUUAAAAAAGAGAGAGAGAGAGAGAGGAGAUUCUGGAACGCAACUUUACACUAAAAGAAAGCAAAAUUAGGAUCUCAAUGUUUCAGAACAGGUAUGUUGUGGGACAAUACCAUAUACUACAAAGAUUUCUGUAGUAUCAUGUUGUUGUUGCUUCUGGCAGUGUAAUUUGCCAGGAAGAAGGUGCAUUACAUAUUGGGCACCGUCCAGCCAAAGUUAGUCUAACUUUAAAUCUCCUUGAUUUUCAUUGAGAAAGUUAAACAAGUGUUUAACUCUCUUUUGUUUCAAUCAAUGAGAUUUUAAAGCACGUAAGGUCAUGCUCAUUAUUACUAUAUCUGCACCGUAUACGUGUACAGAAUUAAUAGGAGUGUGUUCUAGUAUUGUCAAGUUGCAAUGCAUUUCUCCUUAACUGUCAGUAUUAAGGCUUAAUAGGAUAGUAUUACAGAGCUCUGUCUUUUGUUCAAGCAAAAAAGAAAAAAAAGAUGAAAUAAAAUUGCAUUUUUAAUGCAAGCACACAUUUCACAGGGCUCUACAUUCUAGGCACAGGAAAUAAAAAAAUAACCAGUUUAUUCUUGUUUUUACAUAAUUAUGAAGUAGGUUAGUAAAUGCAUAUUCAUCUAUAAAAAAGAUGAUUUGUCCAUUAUUGAACUUUUAAGGGGCCUUUUUGGCCACUUAAUUUCAAUAAGUUUGAUAAUAUUUGUUUUUUUUAAAAAAGUGUACUUCAUAAUUGGUGCCUAUAGAAAUUGUAAUGAUACAAGACUGGGAGUGGGGAAUGAUGCUUUUUAAAUUGUGAUAAAUUUAAGGAGCACAACAAGGCACAUUUUUGUAAAGAAAAAGAAACAAAACAAUUCAAAAGUGCCUAGCCUCAAACUUUAUUUUAAUGUAAAGCCCUGUUCAUUUUGUACUCUUUUCAAAUAACUUUGUAUGCUUAGAAUACUACUAAGAAGUAAUGCAGGACAGCACAGCUGUGCCUGCUGACCCUAGUAAUAUUCCCCUCCUCCCAAAGCCAUGCUAAUAAUAACAGUAAUCUUGGUGUUGUUACUGCCUCAUCUUACAUUAUUCUUUCUAGAUGAUUAGCAGCUUGCUUCCUCUGUAUUGCCGCUCUGCCUAUAAAGUAGUUAGGAGAUAUAGAAGUGUUACUGUAAUGUAAUAAGGGGAGUGUUCUCUGUUUUCCUGGCAGAAGGAAGCAGAGUGGUGCUUGGACCCCUCAAGAGAUUAGGAACAAAAACAAAUUGCAAAAAAAUUGCAAGGAGGAAAAAAAAAUUAAACAGAGAAUCCGGCAGCUAGAAAUCACACAAUUGACAUUACAUCUGCCGAUGUAUAAACAAUUCUGAAUGAUCCAGUUUUAAUGUAUUGCUGAAGAAUCGGCAAACACAUUAUUAAAAGAAAAAUUGGUGUCAGAACAGCAAGCCUCAUAGACCUCACUUUAUUACUACAUUUGCAGAAAACACAGCCUAUUCUCCUGAUUUUGAGCUUUAAUAGCAGGCUUUGAUAUUUUUAGAAGCAGAACACCUUUUAGCAAAUGUUCAGUCCUGCUUUUCUCCUCUUUGAUGCACAAUAAUCCAAAAGGCCUUUUGAACCCACCCCUUUUGAAACAAAAUGCCUUGGACAUAACUAGGCAUUUAGAAUACGGAACUAUUUUGCUCCAUUAGUAGCAGUGGUUGCUAUUGCUUUCACAUUGAUGGGGAGCUGAUAAUAACCUUUCUAAAUAUAUCCUUUUCUCUGGUGGUGCUUGUAACACAAGAAUACUCAGGUGGGGGUGGGGGGGAGAAAAGGAAGUUUUAUGGAAUUGAUAGCAUUGGCAAGUUUUCAAGUUCACUGGAAUGAAAUAGGGAAGUCUCAGUGUUUGUGAGAUGGUGACAGUGUCUAUCAGUGUCUGUUCAUAUUGCUCAAGACAGCAUAUUUACAGUUUUCAGCUGGCUUACUAACAAUUUCCAUGGUGAUCUCUAUGGCUGUUUUACGACCACAAAGGCUUUGCACCCUUUUACGUCUGGAGUAUUCAGAGUCGCUGUGCCUAGCUUGCGUUCCAAAGCAGCCCAGAUGCACUCUGACAUUUGUCAGUUUCCUGUGCCCAGAUUGGUUUUAAACUUGCUAGGAAGAGAAACUCUGAAUAAUCCCCAGGUGAUUUUCUUCUUCUUGUGUGUAAGCUUUGAUAAAAGAUGUUUGGGACAGGCUUCCUCAGACUAACUCCUGCUAAAUCAGUGUCUCGGUUUUUUGUUUUUAAAAAAUGCUCUCUUUUUUUGCUCUUGUUGAGUUGGGAUACAGCAUGGAAAACAUACUAAGCCAUCACCUACCUCUACAAAGCAGGACUUUUCUCCUGGAUGACUUCCUGUUCUGUUCAUUGGCUGGCAUGAUACACUGACUGAGCUGCAUGUUUCCGGAGGGGCUGCGCUAUGCUUCAUUGAUAAGUUCCCUCGCGUACUCACCGCUGCCUACUUACCGCUUGAGUAGCAUAUUGAUUCAGGACUUGUAAGGAACUUUUCUUCCUGCACAGCUUUUGCUAACAGUGUGCGUCAGAGCAUUGUUCCAGAUGCUUGAAAAGCACACCUGAGCUGCAUCGACUGCUUUACCUUAGAAGACUAACAGGUUCCCCUCAGCUGACUAAUGUGCGAUGGAGCUCUUGCAGCACACCCCGGUGUGUAUUUGAAGUUUUCCGUUCUUGAGUUGAAGAAUAAUGACCAGGGUUUUUUCUUUUCUUUUUUUCAUUUCUAAUGUUUUUUUGUGUUCUUUUUCUUUCCCCCCACUUUCCGCUUUCCAGCUGUAGAGUAGCUCCCGGAGAAGCCUAUUGCAACUGUGCAACUUCGUAUCUUAGCCUGUGUCGUUGUGGUUAGAAGUGGCGGUAGCCUGUUGCACAAAGAAUGGAAACCAUUGACCAUGAACCUCUCUUUCCCUUCCCCCCUAAAAAAGGCAAAAACCACAUAAUUUUUAAUAUGCAACAUGCAUUGUUGGGUAUUCUUCCCCCUCGCUUUUUUUCUUUUUGGCAUAUUAUGUCUGGAUACAAACAAACAAAGCUUUAUCCUUUUAAGUGCUGCUGCAGGAAGAAAACUUACAAAUGCUGAAGAAACCUACUUCAUCAUCUGAUAAUUGCCAUGGUAGCUUAUUAUGGCCUAUUAGAAAGGUUCACAUGGGUAUUAUUAUUAUUAUUAUUUUGUAACUGUCAUUAUAGAGCAUUCAUGUAAAACAACAACAACAACCAACAAUGGUCUGAUUGUUUAAACCUGUGCACUUUUAAUAUUUUGCUAUUUACUUUAACGUCUUUUUAUUCUUUUUUGUAGAAGAGUUUAUAUGAAAAGGGGGGUGGGGAAAAUCCAGUGACUUAUGCGCAUAGUCUCUCUCCAUUUUGGACUUGUGCUUGCUGUUUUCCCAUCCGCAUGUGGCAGAGUUUUAUACGAUAUUGUUUUGCUCUACGCUGUGUUUAGAAAAGAACUUCCAACACAAGCCAGGAGUUCUGCUAAACUGUAUAUGUGCUGUGCACCAGCAGCUUUUUUCUUUCUUUCUUUCUUAUAAAAUGUUAAGCUUUAUCUGUUUUAAAUUACUGAUUUUUAACUGCCAUGUUAAUUGAGAAAUCCAGGGUAUUCAAAUUCUGGGGUUUUUUCAUAUUGUAUUAUUAUUCUUAGGAAUAGUUCAAUGUAACAAGAAGAAAACUUGACUUUGCUCUGGUUAAAACAGUUAUAGGCACUUGAAAAGAAAUAUUAGUGUUACCUAUAAAUUCCAGAAUGUCUGGGUUUUAGGAAAAUCUUAAUGGUGUAUGAUUGGUUAACAGAAUUUUAUACAACUAUUAUACCACUUAAAUUCCAAAUUGGAAUUGUUUUUGUUACUACUUUGUUUUAUUGUGCCAAAUUGUGGUACAUUUUAGAAAGACAAAUUCUAAAGUUGUCAGUGCUAGGGUGUUCUAUUUCAGCGCCUUUUUGUGAUUUAAUUGUUGCCAGUAGUGCCUUUCAUAAUUUUAAAGGGAGAAGCCUAGGCUAGCUUAGUCUGUUCGAAAAGAAAGGAACCACGGCUUUGGAACCUAGUCACGAUGUGGAGCAAUAAGUGCAAACUCCCCUGCCGCACAUUAUUAUUAUUUUUAAUGGGUAGACCUACUAUAGAGAUGAUAUAUGCGCAAAUUGUAAAAAAUUCUGUUAGUCAAUGAUACUUCAUCAUGCAAAUUCAGGGGCAUAGAAGAAAAGAACAAGCAGACAACUAUUAAAAGACGGCGAAGAAGAAAAGAAACACCCCAAAAUAUACUUUGCGAACCAAACGAACUUUAUUGAACAAAAUAAGAAGCAAGAUGUAUUAACACAUUUGUGGUUGCAGUACAGAGGUUGUUUUGGGAAUAUUGGUGUUCUGGUAGCUUUGUAUGGUGGUGGAUCAGUUAACCAUAGUAUUGUUUGCAAAUGUGGAGAAGAAGAAGAACAAUGCAUUUAAUAUUUUUUUCUCUUGCAUGUUGUAUCUAAUCCAUGGUGAUUUCAGGAAACAGAAACUGAGAUGUGCAUCAACAAAGAUGGACCUACUGGUGCUAUUUGUUGAGGGUAACUUUGAAUGAUCAAAUUUGGUACUUUCCAGGGGAGGAGAAACCACCUUCCUUUAAAAAGAAAAGAAAAGAAAAAAAGAGUAGAAAUUGUAAUAAUAAAUGACGUGGGGAAAAGAUUUCUGUUUGCUGGAAGAAACUUUAUUAUUCCUAGAGGUGGGGACAUAUAUUUUCAUCUUUUUUUUUGGUUACAGUAUUGAUUCAUAAGUGGUAUGAUUACAUUUUAAAAUUACAUCUCUAUGUGGGUAUUUAUUUGAAAUGUCAAAGUACUGUAUUAUGUUUUUACGUGCAUUAUCUUUUAGUGGUGGAUUGGUCUUCGUUUCAUUGUCAUAUGCAUGUACUCUUGCCAAGUAACCUUUACACAGACUUGGGGGGAAAGGAAGCUAAUAUAAUUGCUUAAAAGGAAGACGUGAAACUGAUUAAGGUACAGCUCUCGUGUUAAUUUGAUAAUUUUAGGAGGUGUAGAAGACAAAAACAAAUUAAUUCCAAAUUAAUCCAAAAAGAGUGCAUGUUGUGUAGGAAAGCAAUCUACCUGUGUAAAGGUAGUCAUAUUGGCAGUAUCAAUAAAGGAGAAAGAAGA